AUGGCUGAAUUGACGGCGCCCUCGUCCGACACCACCCCUUUAGGGUCCCUCCUAGACGUCAAUCAAAAGACAACCCGAACCCUUUACUCCCAGGCUCCAGGGCUCCCCGCCAGGAAGCGACAAAGGACUGAGCCUAGCGACUCAUCGGCCGAGAAGCCCAGCGACGACGAGACGAGUGCCGAUCGCCGCUUCAGACUCGAAUACCUCGGUGUUCAACAGCUUCCACCAGCUCUUGCUGCUAAGCAGCCCGCUCCCACCAAGGCACGGCGGAUCAAGGCGCACUCCAAGCCAGACCAGGCUCUUGUCAGGCAGAAAUCUGCGCAAAAGCUUCUCGAGGGCCCCAAUGGACCCGGCCCUGGCGCUCCUGGUGCUAAAGACGACAACAACAACAACAACAACAACAACAACAAUUCCCAGCUUUCCCAGCCCACGGGUCUGACACGGGCCACCGCGUCAACUCCUCAUGGCGCCAGACCUGAGUGGCAUCCACCAUGGAAGCUCAUGAGGGUCAUUUCUGGCCACUUGGGAUGGGUUCGGAGCUUGGCGGUCGAGCCAGGAAACAAGUGGUUUGCAAGUGGUGCUGGCGACAGGACUAUAAAGAUUUGGGAUUUGGCCACCGGCUCCUUACGCCUGACUCUGACCGGGCAUAUAUCAACCGUACGUGGCCUUGCCGUGAGCCCGCGCCACCCUUAUUUGUUCUCAUGCGGCGAAGACAAGAUGGUCAAAUGCUGGGAUCUCGAGACAAACAAGGUUAUCCGCCACUACCACGGACAUCUAAGCGGCGUCUACACACUCGCUCUACAUCCAACCUUGGAUGUACUGGUCACUGGCGGUCGAGACGGUGUCGCAAGAGUCUGGGAUAUGCGAACCCGAAGCAAUAUUCACGUGUUAUCCGGCCACACCGGGACUGUAUCGGACGUCAAGUGUCAAGAGGCUGAUCCUCAGGUCAUGACUGGCUCGUUAGAUGCGACAGUAAGACUAUGGGAUUUAGCUGCCGGGAAGACAAUGGGCGUCUUAACACAUCACAAAAAGGGCGUCAGAGCCUUGGCCACGCAUCCCGCAGAGUUUACAUUUGCCAGUGGUAGCACGGGAAGCAUCAAGCAGUGGAAAUGUCCUGAAGGAGCCUUCAUGCAAAACUUUGACGGCCACAAUGCCAUCAUCAAUACGCUCAGCGUCAACCAGGAAAACGUUCUGUUUUCGGGUGGCGACAACGGCUCCAUGAGUUUCUGGGACUGGAAGACAGGCCACCGCUUCCAGGCUCUGGAUACUACGGCACAGCCGGGGUCGUUGGAUGCCGAGGCGGGCAUUAUGAGCUCUACAUUUGAUCGCUCCGGGCUGCGUUUGAUUUGCGGAGAGGCCGACAAGACGAUCAAGAUAUGGAAGCAGGAUGAGAAGGCGACACCUGAGUCACAUCCCAUUGUUUGGCAGCCAACACUGGCCAGGCGCAAAUAUUAG